AUGUGGCUACCAGCUGGGGCCUCCAUUCACGGCUCUGCCCUUCUGGUCCCUGGCAGGACAGAACGGGAUACCAACAACUGGCCCAAGAGGAAGCUCCGUGACCUCCUGGUGGGCCUCAUCGUGGAGAAUGAGGUGGCAGCGGUGACAUCUGAGACAUACCUAGAAAAACGUCCCUUCGACGAAUGGCUGACGUCAGACAUUACUGACUGUGUAAUUAAAGAAUCUGGUGCAAAGCACAGGGGAUUGAUUGAAAUAAUCAACCUUUCUGAAGAAAGUGAAGUAGAUGACACUGAGGUGCCCGUGCCCUCCCUGGCCCCUUCCUCUGUGACUCCGGGCUGGUGGCAGGUAAAUGUGACCGUGUACGGACUGGAGCGUGCUCAGGUGGAUGAAUGGGGUGAACGUGAGAAAAAGAAAGGAGAUGGGGAUAUACUGAAGGAUCUUAUGAAACAUGCAGGCACUGCCACGCUCAGGGAGGCUCUUGGCGAUUACCUGAAGGCACUUAUGAUGGAAUCACUUCUUGUAUAUUUCUUUUUAGAAUUUACAAUGGGAAUGAUUUUACCAAGGAAAGCCAUGGCAACCCAGGAACUGACAGUUAAAAGGAAACUGAGUGAGAACACUCUGCAGGUAUGACCUUUGAGGUCAGGAUAUCAAAUCCCCAUUGUGGUACUGCACAUGAUCGCAUUCUUUGACGCCACUACAGAGCAACUGUAUGACGUCUUCACUGGGAAAGACGUAAGUAACUUCCCAAAACUGAAAGGGAGGGAAAUUCCAAAUGUUUGCUGGAGCAUCACCGGUGAGUAUGCAGGAUUGACUGUUCAGGAGUUCCUGUCUGUAAAGAGGAGCAUGAAAUUCUGUUGGCAGAAGCAGCAUUUUGAAGAAAUAAAAGGUUUACUGCGGCUGACCACCCUAAAUGGUUGAAUUAGAAGAUUUUAUAAGGGUAUUACUCUUUGUAAGCAGGAAAAAUGUCAAGUUUACCUCUUCCCCAUUAUUCCUUUUAAAAAAGACACUCCAUUUAUAGUGGAUGAAAUCCAUGAGUUUAUACAGAAUUCAAAGCACCGUUUGAACCUUUACUACAACUAGACUCUUACUAGAUUAAAAGUAGCAAGCAACCUGGAUAUUGGGUAUGAACCUUACCUCCCAUAGCGCUCCUUUGAGGAGAGACUGAGCCGCUGGGUACAGACGGUUGCUGUUUCCCACUAAAGCUUGUCCUAGCAAGCUGCUUUCAGCUGUAUUUUUAGUUCAGGCAGAUAAAAAAUAAAUGGCACAUUGAUACUUUUCCUUUAUUUUACGUCAGGGUUUUUAAGGUCUGUAGCUCUUAGGUAGCGAAGCAGCAGCGCGUCGCGUUUGGAAGCAUGGCGAUGUGAGGCGCAGCAGGCCUUGUCCUGAGGCUGCUCCCUACGGCAGUUCUGCACUCUGGGCGGAGGCCUCAAACGCUCAGGGGUAAGUGACUUUUUGGACUGCUGCUACUACUAUAGUGAAAGAGAAUAU